AUGGGAUGGAAGAAGCUUGUGGUAAUGUCUGUGGAAGCUACAACUCAGCUAAGUGGAGUCCCUUUAUCCAUGGCUACAGUGCAUGAUCUUGUAUCUCAAAAUUGCACGUCUAGUGCAAUAUUGAAAGUUGCUGAUACUUUACCUCCCUUAGGAAUCAUCAUUAGCAGAGUUACCUUUAUGGUUGUAUUUGUAUCAUAUGUUUAUUUGCAUAUUUGUACUUGUAGGUACGAAUAUAGAUGGGCGGAUGGUGUGCAAAUAAAGAAACCUAUUGAAGUCUCAGCGCCAAAGUAUGUUGAGUACCUGAUGGAGUCGAUUGAAGUUCAGCUCGACGAUGAAUCUAUUUUCCCUCAAAAGCUCGGAACACCUUUUCCUGCAAACUUCAAAGACGUCGUGAAGACAAUAUUCAAGCGGUUGUUCCGUGUUUACGCACACAUUUAUCACUCUCAUUUCCAGAAGAUUGUGAGCCUCAAGGAAGAAGCACAUCUCAACACCUGCUUCAAGCAUUUCAUUCUUUUCACUUAUGAGUUUGGGUUGAUCGACAAGAAGGAAAUCGCCCCGCUGCAGGAGCUGAUUGAGUCCAUCGUUCUAUAAGUUUGUUGCUAAUCUAAAGCACUUAAAUGAUCUUUCAGGUAAUCAAUCUUAUUUCACUGCUAAGUUUCUCUCGAGUGGCUUGUAUGUUGAUGAUGCAUUGUUUAUUACACAUAAUUAAUGAGUAAAUAUUAAUAU